CAAUGCCCGCGGCUGCGGAGCCCCGCCAUGGCCCAGAAAGGUCACUCCAUCCCCCCGCAGUCCAACUUCGUAGCCCAGGACCAGAUCUGGAGAUGCCAUGUUAAGACUGAAUUGGAAGCAGCAAAAAACUGGCCCCACAAAUGGGGAUUUUUAACAACACCAUUUGAGAAGUUGGUGAAGCAUGAAGGUGAAGAACCACUGUCAAAACCUCAGAUUAUGCUGCCGGAACAUUUGCAAAUCCAACCUGUGAUCCCAGUGGAAACAUACAUUAAGGUCUAUCCAUCUCCUCCUAUCCCUAAGACAACUCAAGGGUUUAUUGGCUGGAGGUCCACUGUGCCAGGUCUGGAACUCGAUCAUCACUAUCAGAUCAGAAGCUGCAAAGGAGCUUUUUCAAAGCAACUCAAUUGGCCAGCUGAAGGCACAAACUGAACUAGAAGAGAAAAAGUACCAAAAUCUCUCUAGGCUAAAAACCAAUUUGUAUUAAUGCCCAGUUUCUGUAUUAUAAGACUGUGUUAAAAUGGG